GGAAAAAAUCGUCUGCUCCUCGCACAUCAUAACCAUGUUUCGUCGACCACAAAACCUACUCUUUCACUGAUCGAGACGACGCCGUCGCCUGCCGUCUCUGUCGUCGCGAAAUUUGAUCGGAUAUCACCUGAAGUUCAUAGUCAGUUGUCUAGUGUAAAGAUCGUUACUUUCUCCCCUUUUCUCUUCUCUCACAAUCUCUAUUAGUUUAGGGUUUAAGUCUACAUAGUUUUUUACUUUUUUGGGUCAAAUAUGAAUUUUUUUCCGAGAUAAAAUGUUGUUAUUAGAGAAAGACUUAAUAUUUCUGUAUUAUUGUAUUAGAUUUUGAAAGCAGGGAACUGGUUUCAUGUAGCAUUUGGGAGUAAACAUUGAUUGAAGUGGAAAAGCUGAAAAUGAUAAUGGGAUUUGAUUAGUUCAGUUGAUCGACGCCUUGGACUUAAAAAUGUGUUUCUUUAGACUUGACAACAUGUUUUGAACUAUGUCAUUUUAAUCAAGGGUAUUGGCAUUUUGGGGAGCCAUCAGCUGUAUUUACAAAUUUUAACCAGCUCAAGAGUUCAAAUGGACGAAGUACAUGAGUGUUUUAUGGCUUGUGUAUGUCUGUACGUAUUAUAGCGUCUUUCCAGGACAAGGGUUAUUGGAUGCCAAAGGGUGGCGGACACCUAGGUGAUGGAGAAACAGUUUUUAGUAACUCCUCUAGAAUUGAAGCGAAGCGCACUCAUCAGUGGUUGUCUGAUGCUGCUGAUCAUGAGGUUUUUUCCACUAAAAAGCAAGCUGUUCAUGUUCCAGUUAGCAAACAAAUUCCAGGAGUCCCCAUGACAAGUCUUGCUUGGGAGAAUGCUUCUGGAUUCCAAUCGGCACCAAACCAAUUCAUUGAUCGGUUAUUUGGUCCUGAUACAACCAGGUCGGCCAAUUUAUCAAGUCGAAACACCUCUCAACUCGAUGUGGAAAACUCCAAUAUGAGAAAAAAAGUCAUAGAUGACCAACUUGGGGGUGACACAUCAGUUGGUUUGUCAAUGUCUUAUCCUUUACAAGAUCCAGAAACUUGUGUCAGCUAUGGUGGAAUUAGAAAAGUUAAAGUCAAUCAGGUUAAGGACUCUGAAAUUGGUUUGCAGGCAGCACAGGAACACAAUAUUGGUGUGUCCUUGGAUCAGGCAUAUAACAGGGAUACUGAAACAGCUUUUGUGUCUAUGGCCCAAGCUUUUGGUAAGGAAGCUGAGAGUGUUACCUUGAUGGGUCAUUCUCAUAGUAGGGUGGAAGUGAAUAUGAAACCUCUGGACUCUACCUUUCCAAAAGGUGAUGAUAGUGCAAUGUCACUCAGCCACUCUUUCAGUAAGGGGGAUUCUAGUACAAUAUCCUUUGGUGGCUGUCAAGAUGAGCCGUAUAUGGAUGUUCUUGCUAGGCCUGUUAAUAGUAGCUAUGACUUGUUGUAUAAUCAGUCUUCCCUUCAAACAGCAGAAAUAAUUGAUGCAAGGGAUUUGGAAGCACCAAUUGCAGUUGCAAGUACCUCGCAAACGCCCAAAGGAAAGCCUGAUUCAGUCACCAAAAAUAAGUCAGAAAUGAAACCAACCAGAAAAGAAGCUCCGAAUAGUUUUCCUUCAAAUGUUAGAAGUUUGAUAGCAACUGGAAUGCUUGAUGGGGUGCCUGUAAGAUAUAUAUCUGUAUCACGAGAGGAGCUUCGUGGUACUAUAAAAGGUUCUGGGUAUCUUUGUGGUUGUCAGUCAUGUAACUACUCCAAGGCUCUUAAUGCUUAUGAAUUUGAGCGUCAUGCUGGUCAUAAGACAAAGCACCCAAACAAUCACAUAUACUUCGAGAAUGGAAAAACUAUAUAUCAGAUUGUCCAAGAGUUGAGGAACACCCCGGAGAGUUCGUUAUUUGAUGCCAUUCAGAAUGUGACUGGUUCCCCAAUUAAUCAAAAAGCCUUUCGCAUCUGGAAAGAAUCAUUCCAAGCAGCAACCCGUGAGCUUCAGCGCAUAUAUGGAAAGGAGGAACUUAAUCUAUGAUAAAGAAUGGCAACCCAACUGCUGCCCAUUUAAAAUGUGAAAUAGGAUAUCGUUUCUUGUGUGCAUAGAGGUAAAUACUUAGAUAUUUGGUGAAAUAGGGCUCGGGCUCAUUCUCGUUUUGCUGUAAUUUGCUGCUGCAGUUGGAAUGUCACAGUUUGUUAAUCUUCCAACAUGCGAUGUCGAAUGGAGGCAGUAUAACUGCCACAAUAUGUACAGUAUUCUGAAUAUUAUUUUUGGCAUAUUGAAGUCUCUCUUUCUAGAUUUGAUGGUUCUU